AACCCUGUAAAGGUUGCUGUUGCUAAUCCUUUUCAGCUUUUUUUGUAAGAGGUUUAACUCAUACUCUGGAAUUCACAUACAAUUAUACAUUUCUAUACAAAGAAGGACCUGAUUUUACAGCCUGAAAAGAUAUGGUUAUCAGCAAAGGUGCCAAUGCACCAAGGCUGGUGAUUGCAGCUAAAAUGCUACUUUGGAACAAGGGUUUCCUACUUCUGCUGGCACAAUUCUGUGUUACGGUGAAGGCCUUUGAAACAACAGCCCCCGGAGAACACCAUGCGGAGACUGACAGACAGGAAUACCUGAGAGAAGUUUUACAAGUUUUGUCUGUUGAACAACAGUCUCAGCUGAACCGAAACCAAACUCAGUCUUUAAUUAAAGUGUUGUUUGACAUUUUGGAGUGUCCAAAGCGGAUUGCUGGAACACAAGAACAAUGUGAUCAGUGCCUUUCACCAGAUGUGCUGUUUUCUGCUGUGGGAGAAGGUGCCAAUGAACACACAGAUGAAGAAGGUUUUCGGAACAUUUCGACUGUCCUUCUUUAUUAUAUCAUAAACAUGAGAGAUGUCUGCACCUUAAACUCAUCUGCCAAUUCUCCAGACUACCAGUUCUACCUCACUGCUGUGUUGGACUUCAAUCACAAAGAAGACUUUAAAUAUCUCACGCAAAAUGAAACAGAAAGCAUCUUGGAAGUCAUUAACCAGCAUUACGUGCCUUCAACAACAAGCCAGUGCACAGAUGCAAUGUUGUUAACCAGGGAAGCUGGUAUUCUGGAUACUCGAGGUGCAGACAGAAAAGCUGUACCAAAACUGGCUGCUGCAAUUAUCACUCAUGCCCUGAAACGGAAUUGCUUUAGCAAACACAGCCUGCCCUUACCAAGAUUCUUCACUGAAUACAUCUUCCAUUCCCUGAACAGUACAAGUAAUAUAAGCACAGGAGACCUUGACCGCCUGCUUCAUCAGCUGGGACUAGGAGGAAGUCUGGAGCAUCAGAGACACAGGGGAAGGAGAAGCAUAGCUUUCAGGCAGCCGCAGGAGUCAUCACACCUCCCUGUUCAAAUACAAAGACACACAGAACAUCCAGACUGCCACCAUGGCCUUCUACAGCACAUCCCAGACUGGACAAAGGUCUGUUUCUCAGCCAAGCAACUUGUGCAGAUUCAUUUGCAAGGCAGCCAUCCUUCGAUUUCUAAAGAACACUUUAGCCAAAUUAGCCCUGCCAUCAUCCAGCAGUUGCUUAGUGGCGCCUGUGAAAGCAGGGAACAGGACAACACAAGCUCUCCUCCAAGUGCCAUAGAGAAAUAUGGCUACAGCACACUGGCUGUCUUGAUAAUCACAGUGAGCUCUAUGCUUGGCAUCACCCUGAUCUUUUUCAACUCCUGUCAAGAGACAUAUGCUCUUAUACUGCAGCUGUUUGUAGGUCUAGCAGUUGGGACACUUUCAGGUGAUGCACUUCUGCAUCUCCUGCCACAGAUCCUUGGCCUGCAUGACCAUGUGCAUCAUGAGGAAGACAAUAUAAUGAAAGAAAAAGAUUACCUCUGGAAAAUUCUAGGAAUGAUUGGGGGAAUCUAUGGGUUUUUCCUAAUUGAAAAGAUGUUUUUUCUUCUAGUGUCAUCAAGAGGUCAGGAUCAUUCAUUUGCAAAUGGCCGCUUGGGACAUUCCCAUGACCUUCCUCUAGAAUCUAACUGCAGUGCCCAAUCAGGGCGAGAAAAAUCCACAUCAACUAUGCAACUGGGAAUUCCAGAAGAUUCUGAAAACACUGAAAUUCCCUCAGAUGAUGUACAUAUACAUGAUGAAGAACAUAUUCCUACAAGUGGCAAAAAACAAAGGAUUUCCUUGUUGGCUAUCAUGGUUAUAGUUGGAGACAGCCUUCACAAUUUUGCAGACGGACUAGUAAUAGGUGCAGCUUUUUCAUCAUCAGUGGAGACUGGCAUGGCAACCACCGUUGCCAUUUUAUGCCAUGAAAUCCCUCAUGAAAUGGGUGAUUUUGCGGUGUUGUUGAAUUCUGGACUAUCAGUAAAGAAUGCCAUGCUGAUGAAUUUUAUCAGUGCACUCACAGCUUUCAUUGGGCUCUACAUUGGGCUCUUCGUCUCGACAGACACAGGCGUUCAGCAGUGGAUAUUUACUGUUACUGCAGGAAUAUUCUUAUACCUAUCACUAGUGGAAAUGCUUCCAGAAAUGACCCAUGUACAGACUCACCGCCCCUGGUUAAUGUUCUUCCUGCAGAACCUGGGACUCCUGCUGGGCUGGGCCUGUCUCUUGGUCUUGGCUCUUUACGAGCAUAAGCUUAAAUUCUGAAGCAUCCAAAGCAUCUACCUAAGAAAUAUAAUUACAGUAUAUUAACAAACUAUAUGUGCCAAGAUAUGGGUACAGAAAGGCCACAUAAUUAUUUUACUAUUAUUACUCACCCGUGUAUGCUACCACCAUCACAUCACUAAACUUAGAAUUGCCGUUGAAGCCACUGCAUGCUAGCAUAACCAUAAUGCUAAAAUGCUUUACAGGGACAUACUGUGAACAAAAUAAAACAUAUACAGAAUAAAAACAACAAAGACUGCUUGUCUACAAAAUAUCUUGGUACAUAUUGUACUUUCUCCUUACCUUUUUAUAAUAUUUGCAGUCAUUCUCAUUGCAACUUCUUAAAUACUUUUUUUGUUGUUUUCUAUUUUUGAUAAGUCUGUGUCAAGGUGCUUGACUGGGAAUUCAAAAGCUGCUGAUCACCAGCCAUAGAUGUAAUGAUAAAGGCUUGAUCAGCCGAAGUGUAUUUAUAUAAAAGCAACAGCACUAUCUAGCCUAGUGCCCAGCAGUGCAUUUCCAGCAAAAUAAAGACAACUGUUUUUUUUUUAAAAACUAAUACUAGCUAAACUUCCUGAUAUGUUAUUUGCUUAUUCCUAUAAAAUUAUACAGUGGCUCUAAAAAGUAUU